UUUUUAGGCUUUUUUGUCGGAGAAAAAUCUGGGAGGUGGUAAAGCUUCGUCCUUUGCGUGGGGGGGAGAAUCUCUUCCCUUUGUUGCGUUUUUUUUUUGUCCCCGACGAUUUGGGCACACGCAACGCAACCAUAGAAUCUAAAUCUGCUCCGCCCCGAAUCGACUCAGUCCCGAGUUUUUUCUUCAGCCGCGCAUCAAGGUAAAAUCAUGAAUCGGCUGAGAGGAGGCCGAGGGACAUCGAUUCUGGGUUCCGCAGUUGUGCCUCACCUGAAGAAAAAAGCCCUAAAUUCAUUGGUCGCUGUCCAGGAAUCCUAUCUCUCCACCAAGGACUUGUUCGAGAGGCACAGGGUCGUCCUUACAGUUGGAACUUCCAUUGCAUCUGUUGCUACGGCUUGGAUUGGUUACUCAUUACGCCACUACAAUGAAACUAGAAUCAAUCAGAGACUGGAGUCAAUUGAGAAUGCGGUUAAUAUGAAAAGCACCCAAGAGUUGGAACGAGGAGAACUGAAGAAGCUUGUUGAUCCAGUUGGUUCCAGGUUCACUACAACAAUUGCCACCGCUGGAACCACUUUGAUCCUCGGGUAUGGCUUGGGUUGGCGAGGCGGGAUAUGGUAUGCAAAUAGGAAGUUUAGAAGGGAGCAAAUGAGAUUGGCCGGGCAGUUAAAGCCGAGAGAAUGGAAGUUAUUAGGGAGAAUAAAACCACGAGCUUGGCCAACGACAAAGUUCCUCAGACGACCAUUCCCAAGACAGAACAAAACAACAGAAAAUGCUUUGAAGACGCCAGAAACUGCUUUGAAGGCGCCAGAAACUGCAGGUUGAAAUAUCGAAAUAACCUGCAAGAACCAAAAAAAAAACAAAAUCUGUCAAUUGUUUGUUCAGGAUACCAAAGGGGAGUAAACAAUCUAAAGCAUUAGUUGAUCGGAACAACGAACGACUAUUUCUUAACGUUAGUAUAAAGCACACAUCGGUUUUGUCAUGAAGCCAAAAGGCUCUCUUCUGUCUUUUUGUUCCUUGUAGUGAGGAAAGUGAGUCACUGUAUCUAUAUUUUUUUUUGGUUUGUUGUGGCAAAACUACAUUCGAAAAUCAAACGGAUUUGUGUUAUAAAUUGA